GACAUGCGGGUGUUCAACAUGGACCGGCACAGCGGGAACCUGCUGCUGCUGAAGGACGCGUCGCCCCACCUGCUGGGGCCCAGCUCCGGGGCGGCCGGGGCCUCUCCAGCGAGAGCGGGCGAGGCUCGGCGCUCCUAUGGUCCUCGCAGCCCGCUCCUCGGGGCACCCGCGUCCUCCAGAGGCCCCGCCCGGCGGCCGGCUUCUCUGAGCCUGGGCCUCCCUGGGGGCCCAGUUCGGGCCCCGCCCACGGCCGCAGGCCCGUGCCGAGCACGUUGGCCAGGAGGGGAGGAC